UGUACUUCCGUUCAGAUACAGGGCAGAAAUGUGAGGAUACGAGUAUUAAGAGAAAAAUCAAUAAUUCUUUGUUCUAGGCUCAAGUCCAGAUAAAUACUGGAUGUGAAGUGAAGGACCAUAGACAAUGGCUACCAUUGAGAAGCUGAUUAAGGCAUUUGAGGCCCUUAGGGUGUUUCAGCCACCAGGGUCAACUACAGAUGAUCUAGCAAAGAAAAAAGAACAAGCUCCUGUAAGCAAAAAGGACAAAAUGAUCAACUGUAAUCUUGUGGCUGACAGCAUCUGUGCUCCUAAUAUGAGAGCAAUAGUGGAUUUUCCCAAAUUCCUUGGUAUUGCGAUGGAGACAUUCUUAACACUGUGUGAUGAUGCAGAAUCUGAUGUAAGAAUGGUAGCAGAUGAGUGUUUGAACAGAUCUAUAAAGAUCUUGCUUGAGACAAAUCUUGGAAGACUGCAAGUGGAGCUAUAUAAGGAAAUCAAGAAAAAUGGCAGCAGUCGUACAUUGAGAGCAGCUCUGUGGAGAUUCUCUGAGAUGGCUCAUCUUAUUCGUCCACAGAAAUGCAGACCAUACAUAGUUAAUUUGUUGCCAUGCAUUGCACGAAUAUGCAAGAGAGAAGAUGAAGCAAUUCAGGACACUCUGUCUCAAUCCAUGCAGAAGAUCUGCCCACCACUGAUUGGAUUUGCCAAUGAAUCUGAAAUAAAGGCUCUUAUAAAAUCAUUUCUUCCUAACCUGAGAUCCACCUCUGCAGCCACAAGGAGAAUGGCAGCGACCAGCCUGGUCCUGAUAUGUGAGCACAGUAGAAGUCCAUCUUCAUUCUACAACCACCUUCUGGGAUCACUGUUAGAUAUGGUCAUGCCAGUGGAUGAGGAGACCAGUUUACACACACUGAUUGGAGUGUUACUGUGCCUGAGGUCACUUAUUCCACACCUCAAUGAAUCUGGACAGGAAAAACAGGGUCUGAAAGGCAGCUUUGGUGUGAUGACAAAAGAGAAAGAACAGACCAUCAGCAAGGAGCAGUUUAUCAUGGUGAUACAGCUAUUGCUUCACUUAAUGGGACAUUCUGACCAUAAUGUUGUGACAGGUGCCCUGGAGACAUUCCAGCAGCUCCUCCGAAAUCCCUCACCUCUCUUGGUGUCCAUACUGACCACACCCAAGAGUAUCACUAGAUCCUACAUUUUUAAGGCAGAUCAAAGUUUACAACCAGGUGAAGGAUUGUCAGAAGUUCCAUCCAUGUCUAAGAUGUAUGAAGAUAACACUGCUGCUGAUGAGCUGGAGGUAACGGAAUCAAUAGUAGACCCUUCAGAGGGUUCAGAGGACAAUGUAUCAGACAUCGUAGCUAACUACAGGGCACAAAUGUCCAGAGAUCAGAGCUCUGAAGCCGCAGACAAUGAUGGAGUUCCUCUAGAUGUAGACACCUGUGAUGCAGGGAUUGUCGUCACAACUCUGGACACUAGGUAUUCUGGGAUAGAAAUAGGUGACCUGAAUGAAGACAUGUCAGAAAAAUCAAACUUGUCUCAAGUUUCUAGUGCUAAUGGCAGCCAGCAAAGUCUGAAUAAGUUGUCCUUGCCCCCAAAAGCUAAAAGAGGGGGAGGACAGGACAUGAAUGGAAACCCAGAAUUAGAGGAGGAUGUGUUACCAGAAGUUGAUGAGAAAACUCAGAUACAAAAUUCUAUUCAGAUAGAUGUGACACAAAACCUAGGGAGUCUAUUAGAUGAUGUGCCACUAGACUUCUGUAUUCGUGUGAUCUGUCGGAGAUUCCUUUUGAGUGGAACAAAAGAACAAUUAAUUCCGGAUCGAACUGUGCGUGUGAGCAUUAAGGUUUUAGCUUUAGGAUGUGUCAGCUACUCCAUGACAUUUAGACCACAAAUUCUAUUUAUGAAUGUUUUUAAGGAAAUAAAUGAAGAAAACAACCAGCUGAUAAAGGAUGUGUUGCUUUUUGCUAGUCAUAUUGACCCACAGCUGAAAGGCACAGCUUCAAUAAUCAUUGGUAAUCUAAUAAGUUCAACCCUCACUCAGGGAGGAGGAAACUUCAAUAAAUGGAUGGAGGAAUUUGUUUUUGGAUACUCAGUAAGAAUUGAGCAUCUGGUAGAAAUUAUUCUCCACAUUAUGGAAGAUGAGUCCUCAGUAGCAGUCCGCCUGGCUGUGCUUGCUGUUAAGAAGUGUCUAAUGCCUCUGUUACUGGGAACUCACAGUCCUGUGGGACUAGAGACAGUGAUCCGGUUACUCAGUAUACAGGACAAUCCAUACUGGCUUGUCAAGGUAGAAAUACUAGAGAUUGUGAGUUGUGUGAACUUCAAUGUUUUGAACCAUUUGGAGUCUUGCUGUAGUGAAGUACAGAGAGGGACAAACCACUUUCUUGGGAAGCUACAUAUACAGGACAGGAUUGUUUUGUUUGUGAUGGAGAUGUUGGGGAAUGAUGACAUCAGGGUCAGGCAUUGUGCUUCAGAAACACUAGUCAAAAUUGUGCCAAGGUUAUUUUAUCCAUGUGAUCACCCACAACAUGACCCAAUCAUAACGGAAUCUCGACUCCACACAGAAAAGUUGCUGUCCCCAAUGGUGUCUGAUUCUGUUCUUAACUCACCCCCACUGGUUCUGGGCCUGGUGAAACCUUACACAGACAGUAAUGGAGUGGUCUCCCCAUCUAUAGAAAGUAACUUGUCCAGAGUUGUGAAAUCAGCGCUACAUCAGCUGAAUGUAUCACAGUCCAAACACUUAACAUUUGGGUGUUGUCAUGCUUUGUUCCUCCUGUCUGAGGCUUUCCCUGCAACAUUGUAUGCUCAUUCCUGGGGGUGUGGACCUUGUACCUCGUUCCUCCCUAAGGAGGCCAGCAAUAAAGGAAUAAUGAAGAGGCCACCUAGUCGAUCUCACAGUAAUUCCAGAACUGUGAUGGGUUAUGUCUGGUCUGGCACAUUUAGCCUUGAUGAGAUGUCAGCAGGGUCUGGGGGAGGGGCUCUCACCAUUAUUCUCCCUCUACUGACUUCCUCCAAUGUAAGUCUUGAUCUAGCGGCACACAGUGACACCCUACAGUUUGCUGGCAAUCUGGUUGCAGGUGCAGUAUACAGAUGUAUGCAGCCAGUAGAGGAAUCUAAUUCUACAAAUGAUGGAGAGGGGGUGAAGUGGGGGGCUGUCUCUGACAGACUUCUGAUUCCCUUCUUAGACCAACUACUCUUCCAUAUUGCCAGGGUUCUAAAUUGCUGUGUCCAUGUAAUUGAUGAACAAGUACCUGGUCCAGCUCCUGUCAAACCCUCCCUGCCCUCCCUACCCAAUGCCCCCUCCCUCAGUCCUAUCAAAAGAAAGAACAAAGGGGACAGUCCAAAUGAUUCCCCAGCUAAAGGCAGCAACACAGACACAAAAACACCCACAAAACAACAAAAAGAAAAGGAGAAAGAACAGGAGAAAGAAAAAGAAAAGACAAAGAAGGACUCAUUAGGAGUGUUCCACAGUCUGCCCCAUUACAUGAAGCUGUAUGAUGUGUUAAAGGGAGCUUACUCAAAUUACAAGGUGUCCUUGGAUCUAAUGGUGACUGACAAGUUUUGUAGCCUCCUCCACACAUCACUGGUCACUCUGUCUCAGAUAUUAGAGAUAGCCAGACUAGAAGACAUUGGGAAGUAUGCUGAUGAAAUUCUUCAGUACCUGAAGUCUACAGUUGUUCUGGAGCCCACUGAAUCUAUCCAAUGUGUACAACAGCUUCUUAAAGCCUUGUUUGGUACAAAUCUUGUUUGUCAAUGGGAGCCUCAACAUCUAGUGAACCUGUCCGGUAAACCUGGUAAAGCUGCCCGCCUAACUGGAAAUAAUAAACCCGGCCAGUACUACUUUUGUUUUACCCAGCCUUACACUCAGUUUACACAGUCAUUGGCUGGGGCUACGUUUAAAGCUUCCUCCCAUACUGACCAAGAGGAAGGCUCCGGGACUCUGAGCACAUUAAGGAAAUGUGUAGACAGGAAAUUUCCAGCAAUCCUGAAACCCAGCAGCAAAACUGAUAAGUCCACCGUAGCCUCAUACAUCCGACUGUUUGAGCCCCUGGUCAUCAAAGCCUUGAAGCAGUACACUGUGUCCAGUAGCCUUGAACUUCAACAGCAAGUCCUUGACCUUCUGAGUCAACUGAUUCAGCUACGGGUGAAUUACUGCCUUCUGGACUCCGAUCAGGUCUUCAUAGGAUUUAUCAUCAAACAGCUGGAGUUCAUAGAAGAGGGGCAAAUUAGAAAUUCAGAGAACUUAAUUCCAAACAUCUUCAGUUUCCUUGUUAUGCUAUCCUAUGAGAAAACUCACAGUAAAACAAUCAUUGGAAUGCCCAAGAUCAUUCAGCUUUGUGAUGGUAUCAUGGCGAGUGGACUGCAGCCUGUGUCUCAUGCCAUUCCUGCUCUGAGACCGGUUGUGUUUGACUUGUUUUUGUUGAGGGGAGGGAACAAACCUGAUAUAAGUAGAGAUCUGGAGACACAAAGAGAAGUGUUAGUGUCCAUGCUUCUUCGACUCAUCCAGUACUACCAGACACUGGAUUUAUUGGUGGUGGUUCUACAACAAAGUAAGAAGGAAAGUGAAGAUCGCUGGAAGAGAUUAUCUCGUCUGAUAACAGACAGUUUACUACCAGCCUUAACAGCCAAUCAGGUGAAUUUAGACAAUGGUGAAUCAUUAGAUGUGCUUCAUCGACUAUUUGAGUGCCUAGCUCCCAUUGUAUUCAGACCAGUGGAUAUUUUGCUGAAGACAUUGUUACAAGCUCCUUCAAACAUAGGUACAACUGAGAACUUACAGCGUUGGAUGUGUCUAGUGUUGUCUGUGGUCCGAGUUCUCAUGGCUCAGUCCAAAGAGGAGGUCAUAUUGUCACGCCUCACCGAGCUGAGAAUCAAACUCACCCUCUUCAAAGUUCACAGCUCCAAAUUGACAGAAGAAGAAAAACAAAUGGUUCAGGAUAUGGUACCAGAACAGAUUCUAGCCAGGUUUCUGGUUCAGGUGAUCGGGAAAUGUCUAGAGGUCAUCAUGGGUCAUCAGUUGUCUUAUCAUGGGUCACGGGACCACACAGACUUCCUGUCUCAACAGCUGUCCCAGUUUCUUCUUUACAUUACGCACAUGUUCCAGUCAGGUAUGUUUAGGAAAGUUGCCACCUGUGCACUUCAGAUUGCUUCUGAGGAAGCUGUUGAUUGUUUCUACAGCAUUAAGGAAGUCAACCGUAACUUCCUGUCUGUUUCCAUGACACUGCCGACCUUGACCUUACAGUGGUGUAAUAUUCUGAUCCUUUUGAAUUACGAUGACCAGAAUUUAUGGAGUGAGGUUAUGCAGACCCCAAAUAGACAUCUCAAACCAGGAACAAGUCAAUCAACAAGUCAUGAAGCUCACCCUGUGGCAGAGACCCACUGUUGUAACCAGGAAAUCUUAAGACGAGGGGGGAUCAUUCUCUUCUGUGACUUUGUGUGCGAGAACAUGUUGGAUGCGGAACACAUGACUUGGCUAGUGAUCAACCAUGUGAGUGACCUCAUACAGCUGUCCCGGGAAUCCCCAGUCCAGGACUUCGUCAGUGCUAUACACAGGAAUUCAGCAGCCAGCUGUUUGUUCAUUCAAGCCAUUCAUUCCAGAGGUCAGGAUGUGUCCAAACCAUCCCAAAUAAAGAAGACAAUGAAGUGUGUAGAGGCUAUUCAUCUUAGCCAAACAGGUGCCCUUUUGACCCUGCUGAUUGACAAGUUUCUGAACACCCAUCAUCUCUCUGUGGCCCGCCUCUGUGAUACCAUUGCCUGUCACAGGGUAGAAAUGUUACUGGCUGAUAACUUUGAGGAUGCUAAGAAACAGUUACCAUUAGUUGAUUUAGAUAAACUCCUUAAAUUUAUGGAGACCCAUUCAUUGCUAAAGAGGCAUGCUAGGUUGGUUUCCUUACUACAGAAACUGAGGGGGACCCUUGACCCAGAAACUUCUUUAUCUCUGUAUGCUGACACCUGUCACCCUGUUCUUAGUAAGAAAGAAUAUCUCCACAAUCAGAUGGACAAGGAUUUGUAUCUGUCCAUAGUUAAGUAUCAAUGUUCCAAUCCUGACUCUAGUCCUAGGGAAUGUGGCUUGCUGCUUCACAAACUGGAAUAUGCCGAUAUGUUGGCUAUAAUGAUGACAAAGGAGUUCAGUCUGGACAUUCUGUCAGAGUGCUUAACCCUGGGAGCUCAGUACACCUUAAUAAAGAGCACUGAUUCAGUCACGGUCUUAGACAGUGAAGGGAACCAGGUUCUCCAGGAACCAGUGACAGACAAUCUAUUCCAGGCUGCCCAGCUCACACUGACCCGUCACAUCAAUAAUGUCAUCAACCUUCUCCCCGCCCCUCACCAAAUACUCACGUUCUCCUCAUUCUUUGUGAAGGAGAGUCGAUACCAGGAGAAGAUGAAUGAUAUAUUCUCUGACACUUCCUGGAAGGACAUGAUAUUUUCACUGACCAAGACAUUGAACUGUUAUCUGCAAGCUAUGGAUAGGUUACCAUGGAAACCUGAUAUUCCCGUGGAAUCUCACUGUGAUAUUUGUAAAUUUAGUGUAUUGUGUAUGGAGCUUUUGUGUUGGAUGUUUCAUAAUGACAUUCUCCCCACCUCGGAGCAGUUGAACGUGUGUCUGAAGUGUACUGCAGUCAUUCUACAGAAUCAACAGCUGUCUGCAGUGAUUGGCCAAAAAGACCGGGUGUCAUGGAUAGCAUCUAUAGCUUCUUCUAUCUACCAAGUCUUUCUCUCCUUGGUACUCAUUCCAGGAGACAAACUAGUCACAACAAGCCAGGAGUCAUUUGAGGAACCCAGUGGUCAAAAUGAAUUGUCUGUGAUUGUCAAAGCCUGUGAUCAGAUUUCAGAACUUGUGCAAUAUUUGUUGUUCAACAAAACAUCUCAUUCCAUUCCUUAUUUCUUGGACAGCCAUCUUACAACCAUCAUUAUAUCAUUAGCUCGUCUGCCAGCUCUCAAUAGUUAUGCCAGGACACCAUCAUUAGUGUGGAAGUUAGGGUGGACCCCAACCCCAUCAGGGGAACUAAAGACACACUUACCUCCCUUACCAGUGGACUAUCUCAAAGAUAAAGAUGUGUUAAAGGAGUUUGUUAGCAGGAUUAACACACUAGGUUGGAUCAGUCGUCAGCAGUUUGAGGAGACAUGGAUGAGUUUACUGGCGGUACUGAACCCAGUUAUAGAGGACGUCACUGAACACAUCUCACCAGAGGAAGAAAUAGAGAGGUCACAGUGUAUGGUGAUAGCUGUCAAGGCCAUCACAGCAAUGUUAUUACAGUCAACCUUGACCCCUGUACCUGGUAACCCCAGCAACAGUGUUUAUGAGGUUAGACCAAGGGACAAACCUUUAGGAUUUCUACACACCAGAUGUGGUAAAAAGUUGACCAUCAUCAGAGGCAUCAUUGAGAGAGAGGUGCAGGACUUGUAUAGAAAGAGUGAGGAUAACUGUAGCAGUAAUUUGUGUGAGGGAGAGGAUCGGGAGAUUCUGAGGUACAUGUUUGACAAUAACCUGGAGAGGGAGACCGGGGAUGUAGGAUACAAUCUAGGACAGGUGUCUAUAGAGUCCAUCUGGUCAGUUGUUGGGGCUCUUCAUGUACAGACAGCUGAUUCUGAUACUCCAGAAUCUCUAAACAGUCCAGAGCAGGAGAAUCCAGAAAAUGCCCCGCCCCCUCCAAUACAACAGCAGUUCCCACUGGUCAAUAUAGAGAAAAGGGAAAGAUCAAUCUCGCUGAGUGGCCUUGACAUUCAUUCCUGUUUACAGUUUUUGUUAGAGUUGUAUGGACAAUGGCUUUCUCCUAACAGUAUACUGAAACCUCCACUGAUGCUGAAAAAUGAAGUGGUUAAGUCGCUUGUCUCUCUGUCUGACCUGUUUGUGGAGAGAGAACAGUACGAGUGGAUGCUGGACUUCCUGUUUGACAUUUACAAAGCCCACCCUUCUGAAGAUGAGAUAGUAAUGCAGUAUAUCAAUGUAGGACUCAGUAAAGCUGCUGCUGUCAUAGGCCUGGAUAGUUCUGGCAUAGAAAAACUGAUGAAGUUAUUAGACACAGGCCUGCGGAGCCCUCACCUUCCGAGUAGAACGGCGGCCAUGCAUGGAAUCCUCUAUCUUCUGGAGGCAGGCAUGCAAGAAAUCACCAAACCUCUGGUUCCCAUGGCAACAGACUUCCUCCUCAGAAAUUUAGGCAGCAUAAGCCAGACUUGUAUAACAAGUCAGCAAUACAUUCUUACAAUGUGGGCCACAGCUUUCUAUAUAAUGGAAAAUUAUCAUGUGGACCUAAAAGAUUUGGAAUUUCCUAGCAAAGUUUUACAGUUAGCAGUGUCCACAGCCUCUGGGAAUGAGGAGAGUGUGUCCACCCCUGUGUAUCUAGCCAUCCUGAAGGGCCUGGAAAGGUUACUCCUCACUGAUGUCCUGUCCCAGCAGGACGCGGAGGCCAUCGUCAAACUGGGGGUGGAUAGGUUGUGUUUACCCAGCCCUCAGAGGUCCUUGGCAGCAUUAGGACUGAUGUUUACAUGCAUGUACUCAGGUAAGCAGUAUGACCAGUAUAGUCCACUUCCUAGAGAUGCUCCAGCGUAUGAUUUCAACAUUGUGUAUCAGGACCCGGAGUCUCUCAUCCUAGCUAUGGAGCGGGUCACAGUGCUGUUUGAUAGGAUAAAGAAGGGCUACCCAUACGAGGCCCGAGUCAUCACACUAGUGCUUCCAACAUUUUUGGCCGAUUUCUUUCCUCCCCAGGACAUCAUGAAUAAAAUAAUUGGGGAGUUUAUUUCCAGUCAGCAGCCCUACCCCCAGCUAAUAGCCAUGGUCGUUUUUCAGGUAUUCAAUAACCUCCACAUUCAAAACCAGGAAGCCCUAGUUCAGAAUUGGGUAAUGUUGUCUCUCUCCAACUUCACCCAACGAACUCCUGUAUCCAUGGCAACAUGGAGUCUGACGUGUUUCUUCAUCAGUGCCUCGACCAAUUCCUGGUUAAGGCCUCUCAUUAAUCACGUCAUCAACAGGAUGGGAAGAAUGGAGACAGUGGAUCAGAAUUUAUUCUGCAUGGCAGCACUUGACUUUUACUGCAUUCUGAAGGACAAACAGCAACAAUGGACCUUCAUUUCUACAUUCCAGAAUGUGUCAUCCUUAGGUCCCCCCUACACAGACUUGUUAGAAAGACUAGAAAAGGCGUAUCCAGAACAUUUCCAGCAGAAGAAAUUGAAGUCCCAUCCAUUGUCGUAAAUUCAGGGAAAAGAUCUCAAGGCUAUGUUCAAAAGUGAUUUAGAGGAUGUUAACUAAUCAUGCAUUGUUAAUGUAUUACAUGUAAAUCAUGAAUAGAUCAUUUUUAUGAACACAAAGCAUGUAUGCAGAAAGAAAUAUUAUCUAAAUGUAUACAGAUGUCAUGUUUUACCCACCCUGAAGCAACUAGUUAGCCUCAGAAUUUUCCAAUUCAUAAUACACUCUGUACGAAAUACACACAAACAACGUUUCAAAAUCAUGGAGAGAUGACCCAGAGAUAGCAAAUUUUUUAGAAAAACGUGACAUACACUGUACAUGUAGAUAUAAAUGCUGCAGUUUAAUGUGCUAAGUAGAUUAGUGUGUACAUUGCAAUUUUACCUGCUUUGCAAAAAUAAAGUCCUAGUCUGAUUUACCAUUCAGUUCUCAUGUUCUUGAUGCUUAUGAUUGUUUAAUUAGCUUAAUCAUGUUUAUUAUCACAAUACACUGUUGUAGUAAGAAUGAGCAUAUCUGUUUGUUUGAUGAUUUUUUUUUUUCAUCUUUGGGUAAGUCACAGUAGGUUGUUCAAAUAAUAUGAUACUUACAAAAGAACAUGGUACUUACACCAAUUAUCAGUAUAGUCAGUGGAUGAUUUAAAUAUUCACUUUUUUAUUAAUCUACAAUUUACAUAUUAUGCUGACUUGAAGCAAAUUAAUGAUUACAGACAAAACUUGUACGGUACAUUGUUACUGUAAUUUUUACCUAUCGAUAACUUCAUAGAAAGAAUGGCACAUGAUCAUUGAUGCCUAUGGAAGAUUCAGUUCAUACCUAUAAAACAUCAUACAUUCAAUCUUACGAAAUCCUGUCAUUUCCAGAACAUUGUUUUUUUCUGUGAUGAGUGAUAAACACAAGCAUAAUAAAGUAGUCUCCUAGAUUCCAAAAGGAAACUUAUGAGUAGAAUACUUACAUGUUCCAUGACAAGUACAUGUAUAAAUGGUACAAAGAACAGAUUAUCUAGACUGCAAUUGAUCAGAAAUUUGUCCCGAUAUAUUGCAAAAACUGUGCUUGUGUGUGUCUUUCUUAGGAAAAAAAUAACCAAAAACAUAUUUGUCCCUUUUGCUCUUUUUAUAAUUUUCUCUUCUCUCUUUCUUUUUUUUUAUCAUAAAAAUUAUUGAAAGUUUGAUGCCUUAGAAUAAUAGAUACCUGAUAAUUUACAAUCAAUGGGUAAGAAGAACUUGGCUUUUUAAUCUAGAGGAUCCUGUAAUGGGGAAUUUCAGGGGUAUUUUGAUCUUGUAUUUAUUUCCACACAUGCCUCAACUCUCCAAAGAUAAUUGACCAUCAUUUGUGAUAUACAUUGUAUGCAUUUGUUGAUAAAGAUUGAGAAAUUUUGUUUGAUGGCUCUAUCAGGAGUUGUCUUGUUUUAUUAUCUGAGUGCAUCCUGUUUACACAUACAUGUACAUGUACUUAUUAUUCAGUAAAACUUCCUGUUGGUGUUGUAUGUUUUCUACAAUCAGUAAUAAUUAUAUGCACACAGGGACCAUGAAAAAUGGAUUGAAUAUAUAAUAUAUGGUGAAGAGUUAUAGUGUAAAACAUUCCGUCUUGAUUCACUAACUUCAUUAUUGAAGUAGAGGAGUGUUAGCAGAGACAUUUUUUGAAAGAUGAUACAAAGUUAUUUCAUAUGCAUUCAUGUGUAAGUACAUGUAUAAAUUGAUUGCUAAAUCUUAAUUUCUGCGAAAUUGAACUUUCAGAUUUUUUGUUUAAAUGUCUUUAUACAAUUGUUUGUACUUAUUUUCUAUUUUAACAUGUACGUGUAGUGCUUUAUUGAUGAUUUACAGUCGGUUCAAAGGUGUAUAAAAAGUAGAUAAAAUUUGAAAUACAAGGGAGAAUACUUCUACAAGUAUUAGGAUUAUAAAAUAAAAAUAAGAUGAUUACAGGUAAUAUUUCAUAUUGCCUUGGAAUCAUUAAAAUUUAUGUUGUAAUUUGUGAAAUUAAACUAAUUUUUCCAAGCUAUUCAGAUAGCAAACAUUUUAAUUCUUCUUUGAUUUUACAACAGGCACUGUAUUAUUCAGAUUAUUAAUAGGUCUGGUGUAUUUUAAAUUA